AUGGAGGAGGAGCCGCACAUUGAGCGGCUUCCCGCCGACCUCCUCGCGCACGUGCUCGCCCUCCUCUCCUCCUUCCACGACCUCGCCAUGGCCGAGGGAGUGAGCCGACGGUGGCGCCAGGCGGUGGGCCGGUCGCUGGCGUCGCGGCGGCGGCUGAGCUUCGCGGGGCAGCGCACCGGCGACGACUCCGCCGCGCGCAUGGUCCGCGCCGCCGUCAAUCUCCGCGACCUCGACGUUUCGCGGGGCUGCUGGGGCUGCCACAUCACCGACGGAGGGCUGCUGCAGAUCUCCACGGCGGAGUGCGUCGGCAAGCUGACGGCGAUCUCGCUGUGGGGAUUGGCCGGGAUCACUGACAAGGGCGUCGUUCGUCUGGUGUCAAGAGCCCAUUCUCUGCAACACCUCAAUAUUGGUGGAACAUUUAUCACCGAUGAAUCAUUGUAUGCAGUUGCAGACAAUUGUACAAAUCUGAAGAAAUCAGAACUUCCCUUUGGAUGCAAAUGGGAAAUGGUUUCUUUGUUAAUUUACGAUAAAGAACAAUAG